CCACCGAAGCAGAGCAUGUGAACUUAACCACUGUGCCACCAGGCCGGGCCCCUCAUUUAAUCUUUUUGCAACAAUAUUUUUGAGGUAAAUAUUUCUUUGAUCCCUAUUUCAGAGAUGAGGAAACAGAUGCUUAAAGAUUAAGAUGACUCUCCCCGGAAAAUGGCCACGCUGGUAGAGAAAACCAGGUUGGCUUGACCCCAAAGCCCAUUUUCUUCAUCAGGCCACUGCACAAUAUUACACAGCAGCUCCCGGAUACAAAGUUGAUAAUAGGCCCCCAAUAACUAGAACUCCUUCUGAGCCUCGCAUUAAAGAAAACGGGACUGUUAAAGAGCAAUUCAAAGUCAAAAUAACUGACAUCAGUAUUAGUAGUCUCUGCUUUAGAAAAAGUAAUUCCCCGUUUGAUUCAGAAUAGCAUUUAUUAAAAUUACAAUAAUUAUAAUCACUUUCUCCUGUUCUUCUAAAAUGUUUUUAAUAAAAAUAUAAACCAGGUUUCAACCAGAUUUUUUUUGUCUUUACAGACAAAUAGUGGAUUGUAUUUCCUUUGUUCCCCAGUAAGGAAAUAGUUAAAUCUUGAGGGUACACCCUGGCAGAUAUCUCCCUCAACCAUCUACAGAAAAAAAAAAAGGUCACAGUCAGUUACUCCCGUUAGAGCAGCGUUCACCGGAACCUCUGUAGGCACAUACGCGCUCCAGCGGCAGCCUUCUGCUCGCAGGGUCCGGUCCGAGGGGCAGGCAGUGAAUCUUCCCUCAGCGCUGACAGCUAACACCUGGUUUAGCGGCAGAGACUCAGAGAGGGCGAGCAGUCCCUCUGGCCGUCAGGCCUUCACUCUGCUCACAAGGAGUGUAUUUCACAUGAAAGCUCCUGACAUCUCUCCAAGAUAAAAAAAUCUACCCACCGUCAGAAAAUAUGUCGCUACAGAUGGUAACAGUUGGUAAUAACCUAGCCUUAAUUCAACCAGGCUUCUCACUGAUGACUUUUGAUGGGCAGGUUUUCUUCUUUGGCCAGAAAGGCUGGCCCAAGAGGUCCUGCCCCACUGGAGUUUUCCAUUUUGAUAUAAAGCAUAACAACCUCAAACUGAAGCCCACAGCUUUCUCUAAGGAUUCCUGCUACCUUCCUCCUCUCCGCUACCCAGCCACUUGCACCUUCAAAGGCAGCUCAGAGUCUGAAAAGCAUCAAUACAUCAUCCACGGAGGGAAAACACCAAACAAUGAGCUUUCGGAUAAGAUUUAUGUCAUGUCUGUUCUUUGCAAGAACAGCAAAAAAGUUACUUUUCGCUGCACGGAGAAAGACUUGGUAGGAGAUGUUCCUGAAGCCAGAUAUGGUCAUUCCAUUGAUGUGGUGUAUAGUCGAGGGAGAAGUAUAGGUGUUCUCUUUGGAGGACGGUCCUACAUCCCUUCCACCCAAAGAACCACAGAAAAAUGGAAUAGCGUAGCUGACUGCCUGCCCCAUGUUUUCUUGGUGGAUUUUGAAUUUGGGUGCUCUACAUCAUACAUUCUUCCAGAACUUCAGGAUGGGCUAUCUUUUCACGUCUCCAUUGCCAGAAAUGAUACCAUUUAUAUUUUAGGAGGACAUUCACUUGCCAAUAACAUCCGCCCUGCCAACCUAUACAGAAUAAGGGUUGAUCUCCCCCUGGGUAGUCCAGCAGUGAACUGCACAGUCUUGCCAGGAGGAAUCUCUGUCUCCAGUGCAAUUCUGACUCAAACAAACAAGGAUGAAUUUGUUAUUGUUGGUGGCUAUCAGCUUGAAAAUCAAAAAAGAAUGGUCUGCAACAUUGUCUCUUUUGAGGACAACAAGAUAGAAAUUCGUGAGAUGGAGACCCCAGAUUGGACCCCAGAUAUUAAGCACAGCAAGACAUGGUUUGGAAGUAACAUGGGAAAUGGAGCCAUUUUCCUUGGCAUACCAGGAGACAAUAAGCAGGCUCUUUCAGAAGCAUUCUAUUUCUAUAUAUUGAAAUGUGCUGAAGACGAUUUGAACGAAGACCAGAAAACAUUAACAAACAGUCAGACAUCAACAGAAGACCCAGGGGACUCCACUCCCUUUGAAGACUCAGAAGAAUUUUGUUUCAGUGCAGAAGCAAAUAGUUUUGAUGGUGAUGAUGAAUUUGACACUUAUAAUGAAGAUGAUGAGGAAGAUGAGUCUGAGACGGGCUACUGGAUUACAUGCUGCCCUACUUGUGAUGUGGAUAUCAACACUUGGGUACCAUUUUAUUCAACUGAGCUCAACAAACCUGCCAUGAUCUACUGCUCUCAUGGAGAUGGGCACUGGGUCCAUGCCCAGUGCAUGGAUCUGGCAGAACGCACGCUCAUCCAUCUGUCAGAAGGAAGCAACAAGUAUUACUGCAAGGAGCAUGUGGAGAUAGCAAGAGCACUGCAAACCCCGAAAAGAGUCUUACCCUUAAAAAAGCCUCCACUGAAAUCGCUCCACAAAAAAGGUUCUGGGAAAAUUUUGACUCCUGCCAAGAAAUCCUUUCUUAGAAGGUUGUUUGAUUAGCUUCACAAAGGCCCUUCCAAUUCAAGUGCAUCGAAUUUUUAAAUCUAUUUUAAAGAAUCAUGACAAUAAUAAAAAUUAUAUUCUCAUUUUUAUUUGUUGGAAAUAUCUAUGUUUUCUUUUAGUUAGAUGAAUUAAAUGCCAGCAAAACGUACUUACAAUCUUAUGCUAAAUACCUGAAAAUGUUUUACUCAAAUGUAUCUAAAUGAGAAUUUCUGAUUUGAAUUUGUUCAUUCAAGGAAUCUUAAAUACGGACGCAGUAAUAAUAAUCAAGGUAUGCUUAUAUCCCUGAGAUGAUUUUGAUAAGAAAUAAGCUAUAGAGAAGUUAAGACAAAAUUAGACCAGUAAAGAAACAAACACCUAAAAGAAUUAAAUGAAUUAUUUUGUGCAAUAUAAUAAUUUGGUGUUUGGCCAAAAAUUAAAACUGAGAUCACCUGUAUCCCACACUAGUGCUCUUCAUGUACCUCUAAGCUGGCCCCUUGACUAUACCCAUGAGCAGACGAAGUUCUUUAUAGCUUAUGUAAGGACCUAGAUAGAUGGUAGAUAGAUAGAUAGUCUCCAUUGACACGAAAGAAGAGAAAAGAAAUUUACAUCAAGUUUGUUACAUUUUAUCAAGUUGUCCGCAUGCACUUUCUUCAGAGGAUCCCCCCAUCAUAUGGUGCACAUACACAAAUCUGUUUUUCCCCAUUUAAAAUCUUCUACCUGUUAACUUUAGGAAAUUCUUUAAACUUGUAUUAUUCAGGGAAAUAAACAAUACUAUUCUUCCCAUGAGAUUGAUUUGGUGGUCCUUUCUCAGGGUACGCUCCCUCAGGUUCACUUAGAUAUGUGCUAGAAUGAAAGUUAAAAGGACUGAAUUUUGAGGCUUCGAGACAUCAGCUGAUAAUUAGAUGACCUUAGAAACAAAUAUCCUCCCUCCUAGAGUACGUUUCUGGAAAGGCAUUUCACCUUAUCCUAAGAGUUAAGCCACAGCAUCUUAUUCAUCAGUCUCCAGUGAGCAUCCACAGCGCGUGGGGUACUAUUGCCAAAUUCAAGGGAAACAUGAACCAUCCAGGGGACGAAACUCUGGAAUGCAAAUUCUUCUGCGAACAGUUCCAUGUCUCAUGUACUAAAAUUAGCCUGACUAAAUUAAAUCACGUUCACUUUGUUUCAGUAAUGUUGCUUGAUGAAUAUUCCUUUCGAACAAUUUGCUGUACCAUAGUUUUGAUUUUUUGUUGUUUCUAUCACCUACAUAAAACUAAUAAAAUAUUA